GUCCCGACCUGUUUUUGUCGACCUGAAAACAGUCUCGGCCGCACCUUGGAUUUUCACAAGACGUCAUGAGCUGCGUGUACGCCACACUGUGCGUGUAAAACGUCUUCAUUGAAGUCCUGUGGGCUCGAGGAUAGUGUGAAAUCGAGCUUGGGGCUUCAAGAUCGAGACCUGAAGUUGAGGUUCGCCCGGCGCCGCGGGCUGGCGAUCGAGACGUGUGGCAGGUUCUGGGAGAGAGGGUGCACACUCCACCAUCCCUACAGAUGUUUCGAACCUAUUUACCUGUGGAUAUGAGAUCCACUGACCUGAAGAUGGAGUGUCCAGACUGUGGGGAGACAGUGAGAGCCAAGCAGAAGUUUUGCCACGAGUGUGGGGCACAGCUGCAGAAGAGACAGAAGUUUCAGGACUCUGGUGAUGGAGGAGGGGUCGUCGUUCCUACAUCCAGUACGGCGUCUGCUGUGUUAGCAGCUAAACCUGCCGACGAGCCAGACAGCAGCAAAGAAGGACCGUUAGACCUUGCAGUUGGUGAGGGAAGUGUGUCCAGCCUGUCUACUGACCACAAUGCAAACAUGGAAAUGCCCUCAAGUCACAUAAGCAGCAAACCAAUGGAAGCUGAACCCAUGGAGACUGACGCGGUGGAAGAUGAGAAGAGUUCUCCAACUGAUGGCGGCUCGUCUGGGGCCUUGAAGGAUGGUAAACCUCCAGAAGGAAGUACAAGCAACCUAGGUGGGGAGAGACCUUUGCCUGAUGACAAACCCCCAGUUUCUUUGCCUGAUGACAAACGCCCAGUUUCUCCUACCGUCCUGGCAGACACUCUGCAGAAGUCCAUCCAGCUAGAGAGCCCCGUCCAAGAAAGUAAGGGACUGCAGGGGCUUGAGAAAGGAGAUGUCGGCAGUCUUGGUGAAAAAGGAAGUAAGAGAAGCAGACCCACAGAGAUGGGUCAGGGGGACAACCAACGGGGUGAUCUAGAGGUGAGCUGUCUUCCAGAGCCACCAGGUGAUGCAGCAAAAGAUGAGCAAGUCACAAAGGCUGCAGCAAGCAAAGCUGACAAAGACAAGGGAUUACAGAAGGACAGUGGGAAAGUAAAUAAGGAAACAGUUCAACAGGAUCUGGCAGAAGAAAAAGAGCCACAGUCCCAGGCACGUGUUGCAUCAGAGGCACAAGAGGAGGCUAAAUCAGCUGCUAAAACUCAGACCAAAGCUUUUGUACAAGAAAUCAUUCACCACCCUCCCAAGGAUGAGCAUAGCUUAGAUGCUAACAAGGACACAGCCCAUGGAGAAGACCAAGACAAGGAGAAGGAGACGAGUCCAGUACAGGAGACUGGUCAGCCUGGUGAAGACAACCAGGGCAUGGCUUCUGCUGAUACAAGCAUGGAAGACUCCGUCAUAUUCGUGGGGGAAGGAAGAGAUGAGAGAAACAGUCAGGACGGCCCCUCUACAUCUGUUGAUCAAGAUGAUGAUGAUGGAUGGGAAACAGUGACAACAAGAAAGGAGAAGAAGAAGAAACAUAAGAACAGAAAGAGACAAGACCCUGCAGACAAGGCAAAGAAAGAGCAGGAAAAUCAGUCACAUUACAGACCCCCACCCAACAAGACUUUACACAAACCAGAUGAAGGAGGAUCAACAAUGACCUUGCACUUCCAUGUCCUGGUCUCUCCUGACUUCAAAAUGAAGCCGAAAGUGGACCAGGUCCACGUCAGAAGUGACAUAGUCGGCUGGAAUGACUGGGAGAGCCUUGCUGUGCUUGAAAUUACACGGCACCUGAAAGAUGACUACCUGGUGGCCGAAGGCAAAUGCACUGUGAACCUUGCAAGGGUUAGCAACAAAUACAUCUCAUUUAAGUAUGUUGUGGUCCACCAAGACAGCAAGAUGAGCUGGGAAUUCAUCCACUACAACAUGGGUGAUGUGCUGGUCAACAGAUGCUUCAAGCUUUCAGCUGAGGAGUGCCAACCAGGAGCCGAAGUCCACCUGUACAACGAUGUGAUGCAAGUGGAGCGUGGGCUUGCGGACAAAUUCAAGUCUUUCAUCGGCUGGGGUAGUGUGGAGAAGAAAGUCAUCCACGAUCGUCGAAUUGCCGCCCAGGCGUGGUUACCUCGAUGGAAGGGCUUCACAUGUGAUCACCAAGGCGAAGAGCAACUGGCAUGUGAUGUCAUGAAGCAAGUCGAGGAUAUUUGCAAGUGGUUGACGCUGAGCCCAAUAUCUGCUGGUGCUAACAGGCGGGUCUGGGCACUUAAGGAUUUUUCCUUUGCAGAGGUACUGAUGGAUUACAUCAGUCCGAAACUGGACCAGCUGGAAAAGACAAACGGGCACAAGAAGGAGAGCCCAGAGGAAGCUCAGGCACGGAUUGUGUCUGCCCUCUCCCUGUGCUGGCUGGUGCACAGGUACAAUCUCCACCUGACUGAGAAACAGGUACACGCCCUGUUUGAGGGGCUCCUCAUCAGGCCUGAUGUCAAGGACAAAAGUUGCCACGAAGUUGAGACCUUCUCUCAUCACUUCCUGGAUGGAAGGCUGAAGUCUGUAGAGAAGCCCCUUGCAGUGAUGAAGGAGCUUGACCCUGCCUUGUUUGAAGCCGACAGACUGCUUGAGCGAUCAUGUGCAGCCAUUCUCACAAACAAGGAACUGUUGGACCCCCUGACAGUAAAGACAGCCAGCCUCCCAACUCUGUGUGCAGCCAUCGCUGUAAAUGUUGCAACUGGGUUUUCCCUAUCAGCUGAGGAAGAUAGACAGGCAGUCCUGGCACUUCUGGAAACAGCAACAGCACUUGCAGCUAGUAAUGUUACUGAUACUGCAGACAAAGGGGAUGAUGCAACAAGAAAAGAGGCAUGUCAGACCUUCUGCAUUGCGAAUGAGGUGCUGCUGAGCUGUUUGGAUGCCUGCACCUACCUUGACCGUCACCCGAUCCUCAUCGGUGCAGUACACCUGGCUUCUGCAUGUAUGAGUAAUCUUUGGCUAUUCAUGGGCUCCGCAACGGAAGCCAAGGCACAAAACAUGCAGACAAGUAUGGUGAAACUUGUUGAGAAGAGUGCCUCCUUCAUGAUGAGGUGGUUGGACAAAAAUCUGAAUGCGAGAAUCUCCCUUUAUGCGGCUGUGGAAGAGAGUAAGAUCUCCCCAAUGGAACGUGUGGAGCUGUUCUGUUCUCUGGACACCUCCACCUUCCCCCAGCACCUGGCACAGUGCUACAGUGACGCAGCUUUUGAAGCAGUGGACAAUAUUGUCAAGAGUAAGAAUGGUCAACAGAUCGUUGCCAGCUAUGCAAGGUCACCAGAUGAGUCCAAAUACAAGUAUGGCGUCUUGUUCUCCAGAAUGCUGUGCCGAACAUGGCCAGCAACCAAUGAUGGAAGAACACCACCAACGGACUUGAGGCUCCUUCACCACAUGCUCACAUGGCAACCUUGUGCUGGGAUCCUCAAACUCUUUGGAGAGGCAUCAGAUCUGGUGAAUUUCCUGAAUGAGGACAGCCAAACCCACAUUGCCUCCUACAAGUCCCUCCUGGGCACAACAGUCCAGGAGCUCACAAAAGGCAGCAUCAUCAUCAGCCACCUCCAGCUCCUCCUGCAGCACAGGAAACAGUUCCUAGAACUCUGCAAUGCCGUGGCUGCCAGCAGUACAAAGGACGAAGAGGAAAAUAAAGCCGAGAAGGCCAAAGGAAGUGGAAAGCAUGAUGCAAACAUGGUAGUGAAAGUUGGGGAUACUGCCUGGCCUGUCAAGCAGCUAGAGAAAGUCCUGGACUGGAGAGGAAAGGAAAUGGAAGCAAUCAAGACGGAAACAAGGCAGAUUGAGUGUUUCCUCAGCAUGUGUGAAGACAUCAAACCAGUUGCCUGUGAAGAGCUAGAGCAAAAGGUCCGAAGAGACAAAUCAACCAUGUCCCUGAAUGAGCUGUGUCAACCGGUGUCCGGCAACGACAUUGCCAAAGUUUCCUUUGACAUGAAUCAACCACCCAACGUCACCUACUUUGGCAUCACUCCCGAGUUCAGGGAGAUGUCGACCCUCCUGGAAAACCUCAGCAAAAGUAUCGUCUUCAACAAGAUCUGGGAGAAGAUGAGACCAACGCAGGCUGGCGAAGAAGAGGAGGCCCUUCCCGCACUUACCGUGGACGGCGUUCUCGGCCAAGUGUGGACGCCCGCCUACCAGAAGUGGCUGGAACUACGCCAGAACGUCAAAGACGGGAAGAUCACGCUUCAGGACGUGGACGAGACGUUUGGGCAGUUCAAGAAUGAGUACAGGAAGCUUGAGAACGAGCUGAAGAUGCUGGCAAAGAAUCCGAGAGAGGGAUGGGUCAAGGAGCGUGUGCUACAGAUACAGCAGUACCACCAGCUGAACAAACACCUGGACGCAGCAGAUGUCGUGAAAGACGUCAAGGAGAAGUACAACCUGAAGGGAGACUUCAAAGGAGUAGAGAUCCUUCUGCAUUCAAAAGCCAAGAAUUUCAAGCAGAAUCCACUGAGCUCCAUUAACAAGAAAGUGGUGAAUGCAGGGAAACUGCUGACAGAGAUGACAGAGGAGAGGAUAGAGAGCCUCAGGAAGUUUGUCAAGUGUCAGCGACUGGUGGACUGGUUGAAAACAAAGAUCCAUGAUACGAAGGAACUGAAGGUGUUUGUGGACCUGGCCAGUAUCUCAGCUGGAGAGAGUGACAUUGAAGUGGACAAGGUGAACUGCCUCCUGUCUGCCGGGGUGGGAUAUGCACCUCUCAUCUACGACCUGGAUGAAGACUCCGACUUCGACACGCUGAUGAAAUGCUGCCGGCAGUUCUGGGCCGCCCUGGAGAAGGACAAGCACCUGCCCAAGAAACUGAUGGACACCUGUCGUAACCUGGAGUGGCUGAAGGGAGUGAGUGACUCCCAUGGUUCUGUGGAAAUGUCCUCCCUGUCUCAGACAGAAGCCAUCAAUGCCAGGGGUGUCUACGAGAUUGGAUGCUUUGGGCAAAAUCAGUCUCUGAAUGACCUGGAGUCAGUGGUCCGAUUGCGAGUAGAAGGAGCGGAGUCAGAGGAGUUUGAUGAUGAGGACAUGGCAGUGAAGGAACUGAAGGAGUACAACCUGUCCAUGCUGAAGAGUCUGCAGAGUAAACUCAUGCUGCUGGCUGGGAAAGCUGACAAGGGCAGCCAGGAAGUGGACAGAUUUGUGGAGAUUCUGACUGGUGUGACGAGACUUGGCCAGGCCUACGUUCACCUGUACAAUGCCGGGGCAGUCCUGUUCAACAACUGGAAUGCAGUCGUGUACUGCGACGGCAACCGAAGGGUCAAGGUCAUGGUCAACUUCGGCUUCGGCACGGAGGCCCUCUACGGAACAAGGGCAGCCGUUGAACAUCAGCUGACCCAACUGGCUAAGUACAUGGAGGUCUGUCUGGAUGAGUGGCUCGGUGCAAUGGACAAAGCCAGGCUGGAGUACGACGAACUGAAUCACUUCACCACCGAGCAGAUUGUGGUUCUCCGGAAAGCUCUGGCGAAGAUGAUCGACCCCAGCGAAACGGUGACCCCACAGGUCCUGGCCUUGCUGUCCAGCAUCAAGCCACUGUGUGCCGAAGAUGACAUCAGGAAGGCCAUGUCACAUGUUGCAGGGGACAUUGACGCAAUGGAGGAAGACAAAGAAGAGCCAAUGGCUGAAGAGACGGACAAGAAGACUUGGUCCAUGGAUGAUGAAGAAAGGGAGGAGUUCGUGCAGAAGCUGAAGCAGAUGGUGCCUGAUUUGACGGAUCGUGUUGCCACGGCAGCCAUGAAGGCCACAAAAGGUAACGUUGAGGAGGCUGUCGGAUGGUGCAUCAGCAACAUGGACGAUGAUGACAUGAUCGAAGAGAUCCUCAACAGCGAUGAGAGAGACGAGGAAGAAAUGCCUGCUGCAGUAGAAGAUGUGGUCCCAGAGAUGGUAGAAGACAGCAGUAUCAUCAUGUUAUCUUCCAUACAGGAACCCGUGUCCCUCGCUGGCUUCACCAGCAUGUCACUGUCCAGAGAGGAACCCAGGAAGGAGACAAUGAUCAAAAGAAUGGAGUCAGUUUGGGGAGAGUACCUGACCACUGUCAAGUCCACCACGUUUGAGGAGUACAUCAGCAUUGACCACCUGGCCUUGGUGCUGAGGAAUCUCUCCAGCACUGCAAAUAUCGCUGUAGGUCGACAGUGGCCAAGCCGUUUCUUGGAGGCAGGCAAGCCCAACCUUGUAGUUUGUCCUCAAGACGACAUCUGGCAGACAGUGUUGUCCCUGUACAUGCAGGGCCAGACUACACAACCUCUCCCCUCCUACAGGGAGGUGCUCAUCUGCACUCCACACACUUCACUGGAAGAGGUGGUCCUGCUGUGGAGGAGAGCUGUAGGAGACCAGACUGGAGGGAUCUUCUGUCUGGUUGCUGCUGACCAGCUGGACUAUGACGUCAGUGUCAGGGCAGAGGAGAUGAGGUGCAAACUCUUCCAAGGAAAAUCAGGUUACCAUGUAGUUGUAGUGUGCGCAUCGGAGAGACAGCACCAGUCAUACAUGGUGACAGCUCUGGACCAGUACAAGGUGUCCAUCCCACAUGUGCCCUCCCAGGAGCACGUCCAGGAGUAUCUGCUGUCACAGUUCCAGCAGCAGGAUGCAGGCUCAACUGUGCUGGCAUCUGCUGUAGAUCACCAACGGUCAUCAGUACGAGUUGUAUCCUCCCAGCGUGCCGGGGUUGGCAAGUCCCUCGUCGUCCAGCGUCUCUCGGAAGAACUCACGAAGAAGCUUCCCAGGAGGCUGCGGGGGAAACUGUCCUACAUCAAAGUUCCCCUGCACGAGGCUACUGUGAACAACGAUGCGGUUCUGGAGGCACUACUCCCUCACUCUGUCAACCCUGCCAGCCCCUCUCCUCGAAUCAUCCAUCUGGACAUCUCUCCCUUGGUUCAUAAUGGAGUGGACUGCCUGCUGUUUAACCUGUUGGUGUUGGGUAGCCUGGUGGGGAGGGACGGGUCUGUGUGGAGACGUCUACCCUGGGACCUGUAUGUGGUGGAACACACCUACAAACCACAGGCAGCUGACACACAGAAGAACAGAGAAGAGCACAAGUCGUUUGUGUCCAUGCUUCCGAGUGUGACUUGCAUUUCUCCCAGACAGACCUACAACUUGCUGACAAAAAAUCAACAAGCCAUUCCAGCCUGUGGGCCAGACUUUAGCAGGAUGCGAGAUCAAACACAGUGGACGCCUGUGUUGCUGUUGGUGGUCAGAAGAAGGCUGGAGGAAGAUGUUGCCGUGUCUAACUGUAAAGGCUGUCUGAGCUGUGAUUUUGCUACUCCAUCCCUGAACAUGAGUGACCAGAGCCCUUCCCUGAAGGCGGCACCUUCAGAUGAUCAGGAACAGGCAGGGAUUCAGCAGUUCCAACUCAGGAGAACCUGGGAGAACAGCCCUCACCCGUACCUGUUCUUCAAUGCUGACCACAACACCAUGACGUUCUUGGGGUUCUAUGUGGACCGUGCGGGGAGUGUGAUCGAUGCCUCCGGACAGCUUCUGGAGCAGAACGUCAUAUCUGGUAACCUGUACCAGGGACUGACCUCCCAGCCCGGUCUCAAGUUCAAUGUCAACUUUGAUGACCUAACAAGGUUUGAAAAAAUCCAGAAGCUGUGCUUUGUGAUGGGCAUUCACGAUGUUUUCUAUGAUCCUGACCCAUCCUACGAACUAACAACAGACAACGUCAAGAAGAUCCUGGCCAUACAGAUGAGGUUCAGGUGUAACAUCCCCGUCAUCAUCAUGGGAGAGACGGGCUGUGGGAAGACCAGGCUCAUCAGGUUCAUGUGUGACCUUCAGGCAGGCCACGUCAAGGGCAAGAAACAUCCAGAGAAUAUGAUCAUCAUGAAGGUCCAUGGUGGAGUGAGGGCAGAGGAUAUCAUACGUAAGGUGGAGAGAGCUCAGCAGACCGCCAGAGUCAACAGGGACAGGCACAACAUUGACACUGUGCUGUUCUUUGAUGAGGCCAACACCACAGAGGCCAUCGGGCUGAUAAAGGAGAUCAUGUGUGACGGGACCAUCGCAGGACAGCCUCUCAACAGGCAGGACGGCUGUCUCAAGAUCGUCGCUGCCAUUAACCCAUACAGGAGACACACAGAUGACAUGAUCAGGAGGCUGGAGGAGGCAGGACUCGGCUACCAUAUCAAGGCCACAGAGACAAAGGACAGGUUUGGUCACAUCCCCCUACGUCAGCUGGUGUACCGUGUCCAGCCCCUCCCCCCCAGCAUGCUGCCGCUGGUCUGGGACUUCGGCCAGCUCAGCAGUGAUGUGGAGGAGAAGUACAUCGUGCAGAUGGUCAACAGAUGUAUAAAAGAUAACAACCUACCUGCUACCGGUAACACGCCCAAGGUUGUGAGUGCCGUACUGGCUGCAUCCCAGCGCUACAUGCGGAGCAAAAAGGAUGAGUGCAGUUUUGUGAGUCUGCGUGAUGCAGAGAGAACCCUGACAGUUCUGUGCUGGUUCUACCAAAUGUCUGGCAAACUGAGGGAACUGAUGCCUGAUACAGGCAGGAGCACAAGGUCUAAUGCACAGAUAUCUGACUUCACCAGAGCUCUAGUCCUGGCCAUCGGUGUCUGCUACCACUCCCGCCUGGAGACCAGGAAACAGUACAGAAGAUACGUGGCUCAACAUUUCACAGACACCUGCCUGCUUCCCCAGGGACCUCAGACAAUGGAACAGGAGAUAGACAGAUGCCAGGAGGCGUUCCUUGAUGAGCUGAAGGACCAGCUGGGAGCGAACAUCGCCUGUAACACGGCGCUGAAGGAGAACGUGUUCAUGAUGGUGGUGUGUAUCGAGCUGCAGAUCCCGCUCUUCCUGGUGGGCAAGCCGGGCAGCUCCAAGUCUCUCGCCAAAACCAUCGUGGCAGACGCCAUGCAGGGAGACUCUGCACCUUCAUCCUUGUUCAAAGGACUCAAACAGGCCCAGAUGGUCUCCUUCCAGUGCAGCCCACUGGCCACACCAGAAGGCAUUGUGGGAACUUUCCGGCAGUGCAGCAAGUUCCAGAAGGACAAGGACCUGUCCCGCUUCGUGUCUGUGGUCGUGCUGGAUGAGGUGGGACUGGCAGAGGACUCACCCAAAAUGCCCCUCAAGACCCUGCAUCCACUGCUGGAGGAUGGGUAUGAGGAGGAAGACCAAGAUGUAGAAGAAGAUGAUGAUGAUGAUGAUGACUCAGAGGAAGAAGAGGAGGAGGAGGAGGAUGAAGAAGCCCCAGAUCAGACCAGGUCUCACAAGAAGGUAGCAUUUGUGGGGAUCUCCAACUGGGCUCUGGAUCCUGCUAAGAUGAACAGGGGCAUCUUUGUGUCCAGGGGGAAGCCAAGGAAAGAGGAUCUGACUAAGAGUGCAAGGGGUAUCUGUGAGAAUGACCACCAUGUCCUGGCCUGUAUGAAGACCCUCCUCCCACACCUGUGUGAAGCUUACCUGAAGCUCUACAAUUCUCAGGACAGGGAGUUCUUUGGUCUGCGAGACUUCUACAGCUUGGUGAAGAUGGUGUACGGUUUCUGUAAGACAUCGGAGAAACCCCCCACCAAGGCUCAGGUUGUCCAUGCCGUCCUGAGGAACUAUGGAGGCAGGGAUGACAUGGACCCACUGAAGAAGUUUGAACAAGUGCUGAUGACACUCCCAGAUUACAAGCAUGCUGAUGACCCAGACUGCACCCCCAGUGGUCUGAUCCGAGCAAGUGUCCAGGGCAUGCACUGUGAAGGGGAGAGUCGUUACUUGAUGGUUCUGACUCAGAACUACGCAGCGCUGGGCAUCCUGCAGCAGGAGUUACUGUCCAUGUCUGACACAGUCAUCAUCUUUGGCAGCAGCUUCCCUAAGGACCUGGAGUACACACAGGUGUGUCGGAACAUCAACCGUAUCAAGGUGUGUAUGGAGACUGGGAGGACUGUGGUGCUGCUCAACCUGGAGAACCUGUACGAGAGUCUUUAUGAUGCCCUCAACCAGUACUACGUGUACUUUGGAGGUCAGCGGUAUGUGGAUCUGGGUCUGGGUACACACAGGGUCAAGUGUCGAGUCCACCAAAACUUCAGGCUGGUAGUUGUUGCAGAGAAGGACAUUGUAUAUGAGAGGUUUCCCAUCCCUCUGGUCAACCGACUGGAGAAACACUUCCUGGCCAUCUCCACUGUCUUGACUCCCCAGCAGAAGGCCAUCGCUCACAGGCUGGAGCUGUGGGCCGAGGCUUUCGCCACACAGAGGACGGCACCUCAUGAAACUGUCAAGCACCGAUACACAGUAGGAGAUGCCUUUGUCGGCUACCAUCCCGACACGGCUGCCACCCUGGUGUUCCAGGUCUGCUCUGAGAUGAGUGGGGUAGACACAGAUGACCCUUCACUGGAGGAACAGAUACUACAGAAGGCCCAGGACCUUCUCCUCCAGUGUGCCACACCAGACGCCGUGGUCAGGCUGUCCAAGUCCAGACUGUCGUCAGAAGAAGCCACCCUGAAGGACAAGUACUUCCAUCAGCAGCACCACUCCUGUCUGCAGGAGUUCCUGUGUCACAGGAUCCACCAGGCUAGACAGGCGGGGAGGUGGCAGCAGGGCAUACAGACACAGGUGACCACCCACUCCAAGCUGCUGUCUCACACAGAUGCCCGGAGUCUGGCCACAGCUCUGGACCUGCCGCCGGCUCAUGUAGCCGUCAUGUCACUGCAACAGUUUGACACUGAGCAUCAGUUCUGUAAGCAAAUCAGAGAUUUCCUGACAUUAACACUACACGAGGAGUCCGUCCUGGUGGUUCAGUGCGACUCCGGCCACACCAACAGUAACCUGAUAGCCUGCGCCCGGUACUGCGUGCAGGACGAGCAGACACAGGUGGGCAACACCACAGCUCACCUGGUCUUCAUCGUGCAGCUGCCCCGCCUGCCGGGAGGCUGCUUUGUGGGGUUCCAGGGCGGCAGGUGGACGUGUGCGCACAUCGACGACCUGCAGCCGCCGCAGAGGAACGCGCCCGACGUGGGCGAGAUGAUCAACAAACCCAUCAGUCAGCUGCUGGGGGGGCACAGGAGGGAGGAGGACACACGCUCCAUGGACAUGGAUGCUGAGGAAGAGAACACUGUUGACAGAUCAGUACAGAUGGAGGAUGAGGAUCCUGUCCAUGGUACUGAAGCUGGUGUGGAAGAGGACAUGGAAGUAGAGGAGGAUGAAGAACCCCAGGAGGUUACCAUGGAGAGAAAUGGUGGGGACACUCUGGAGGAGAUGGACCUGGAUGACAUUGAGCUUGAACUCACUGCUGACAGGGAAGAGGUAGACCCACAACCAAAGACAGCCGACAAGUAUAAGGAGGUGUCUGUGUUGGAUGAUAAGAGGCUCCUGGUCAGCUGUAUCCAGGCAACAGCCGCCAUGCUGGAGGAUCCAAAGCACCUGCCAAAGAGAAGGACUGUGACCAGGAUUGAGAAGCUCAUGGAACUUCUGCAGGAGAGGGUGGAGAAAGGUCCCAGUUUCUGUGACGUGGUGAAGGCUCGCAUCGUGCAGCUGCUGGAAGAGAAGGAGAGGAACAAAGCAGACGGAGGCGUGAACUGGCUGACUAAUGAGGCUGCUACACCCAAGGCUAUCACAGAAGCAGGGACACUCAGACAAUCAGCCUGGAACCACCUGUCCUCGGUGAUAGCCCCUCUCCUGGCUGAGAUUGUUGCCUUUGCUGACAGGAACUGUAACCUGGACCACAUGGUCACCCCUGCCGGAGAGUGGACUGUUCCAAUCUUCCUGGAAAUCCUGAGUGACCAGAACCUGGUGCCUUUCCACUACAGUGACAUGCUGUCUCCUGUUAUGAAUGUACAACGACAAAAGAUCCCAGUGCUGAGCUCAGGAUGUGGAGAACAGCUGUUUGAGUGUAGGCUGCCCUUCUCCUGGGUCAUCCGAGGUCAGGUGGACGCCAUGCUGAAGACUGCACAGAAAAUGGAGGCAUCGACUGGUGAGAGUCCGGAUCAGGCCCUGCCCAGGUUGUUCAGGGAAUCAACACUUGGCAAGAUUAUCCACAGAGCAGCUGAACAGGACCAGAGUGAGGAGGACAUCGCUGCCAGAUAUCUGCACGACUACGUGUGGAUGACUUACAGGAUGGUCACAACAUCGGUGGAAGAGAUAGAGAUGGUCUGCAGUGCAGUAGAAUUGUCAGCCAGAGAGCUGCAUGCCCAGUCUGGAUCAGAAGAGCUGUUCUGCCUGACCAUCCCAGCCGUCCACACAGCCUUCAGCCGUGUGCAGGGCCGUCUGCACAACCUGGCCCAGCUCCUGGAGACCACAACCGGCCUGCUGCAGAAACUCUGUCAGGUGGACUUUCAGUGUGACACAUCAAUGACUGUAGACACCACAGCAGUACUGGCAGUGUUAGAGGGUCUGACACCAGAAGCACACGACAUGGCCACCCCUGCAGAACGACAGAGCUGGCUGGGGCGGAUGCAGUGUGUGGCUCCUGUGGUGGAGCGGGUCUUCGCUGCUGCUGCCUCCCCCGACAACAGUGUGUGCUACGGGGAGAAGAGCCUGACUCAAGUACACAUGGCAAGAUUCCUGUGGAUCAGACUACAGACCCUGCAGAUGUUCAUGGAGCACAUGUUCACAUCUACUGACAGUGAGGAGUCCCUCAGCACCAAGCAGAUGGAAGUGCUGUGGAAGGUCCUCAGCAAUGAACCUCAGACUGACUUUAAGAGUGUGAAGACCAUGAAGAAAGUUGAGAGGUUCCUGAAAUCCUGCAAUAGCCAGGCCGGGAUCAAGCACUUCAGUGGAGGGGUUCGAGACUGCAUGGUUUGUAAAGAGGGGUUGAGGGAACCAGUGAAGCUGCCGUGUGACCAUGUCGGCUGCCAACAGUGCCUGCGGAGAUGGCUGACUCCUGACAGACAGAGCUGUCCACUGUGCCGUGCUGCAGUGCCUGAAGAUUUCCAGUGUACCGUUACCUUGGAAUGCAGGGAUGCAGUUGAGAAGCACAAUGCCUACAGACGUUGCUGCAACUCUUUCUUCAUGGAGCUGGUAUCUCGCUUCUGUUUCGCUGGCGGCACGCCUCCAGAGGCAGGUGUGGUGGAGAUGCUCCUUAACUAUGUGGUGAGAAAGAGCCAAGAAGGAACUGCUGCCAAAACCAAGAAGUUCACGCCAUUCGAGGAUGACUGCAUCGACCAGACACCCGUCAUCCGCUCCUUCCUACUGCAACUUCUGCUCCGAGCAAAUUCCCAGGAAGUCAUAGAUCACAUGGAGAGGUACCUCCAGGCUGCCCGAGGUUUUGUGGAGGACAAGCAAGAGGUCAUUGAACUCUUGGUCAUCUUCAUCCAAUGCAUGGAGGACUCUUACAAGCAAGAAGCUGCCCAGUCUCACGACACAGAGACAGCUAUGCUUGAAGUUGCUGUGUCCAAACUACAGCAGGCUGGCAGGCAGGCACAGCAUAACCUUCCGGGUCUGUCCGUGGCCACACUGCUGUUCAUCGCCAACAUUCGGUUUGGACUGUCCGUCGCUGCACAGCUCCUACAUGAGUACCAUGGGAGAAGGGCUCUCUCAGUGCAAGAUGAGAAGAGACUGGUGAAGAGGACACAUUACAGGCUGACCAAGAGGCUGUUGGACCAGGCUUGGCGGCUGUGUGAACAGCUGGAGUGGAGAUGGCCGCAGGUGUUCCUCCUGAAGCAGCUGUACCGCAGCUGUGGCAUGGACAGCCUGCUGAGCGUGACAGAACAGGCACAGCUGCAUCAGCACCUGCAAUGGAUCAUCCCACCGGAGGCCAGGGGUGGGAAGGAGGAGAUCAUCCCAGAUCGCUUCAUCGUGUGUGGAGAUGACUACCGACAGCUGAGGGAAGAACUGGCCAAGUCCAUGGUCAGUAAGAACAUGGACGCCGUCAACAAUGUCCUACAGGCUAUGAACAUUCCUGAGAACGUGCGAGAAGUUGAGCUCCUGCUGGCGUUGUACCGGGAGGUCACGGUUUCCCGAGCCAACACCAACCAGGCCCGCCAUCCGUCCCAGGAUUACAUCACAGUCUCACACCAGUACCUGCACGACUCUCCUGUCCUCACCAACAAGCAGCUCGCUAUGGAACUGCUGACAAACAACCAGGGUGGUGGUAAUCUUGCCCUUUCAGUGACACCAAACCAGCCGCCUAUCCAGAGGACCCUGUCUGCACUAGUGAUCCACACUGCUGCUGUUCUAGGUACAGGUGUGGGAGGUGUUCUACUGCCACUCCAGACCCUCCUACAGAACACACAGAACCAUGCUGUAAGUUUUAUCAGAGAGAGUCCUUGA